AGGGCGGGCGUUGGGGCGGCACUCCGGCGGAGCAGGGCGGUGCGGGCCGUGGGGCGCUGCUGGGGGCGGGCGGAGGGGCCGCGCGGCCGUCGCCUCUCGGACGUUAGCGGCCGUGACCCCGUCGGCUCGGUUUUGUUUCGUGGGUCCGUCCCGCUUUGUACGGCCGCUGUUAAUUUUGUAAUAAGACGCGCCGCGAGCGCUCCCUCGAUGCCGUGCACAAAGCCUUAAGCGGUGACUUAGGAUCGCAGCAUCGUCGCGGCUGGUGGAUCUCGCCCGCUCCCAUCCCCGGCUCGGCCCCUCGCAUCUCGCCGCUGCUCUGCUCUCCUCCGUGCGGGGCUGGAGCCGAGCUCGGGACGGGGCAGCGCUUCGUCGCCUUACCCGAACCGCUGACGUCUGAUUUCCUUCUCAGUGUGUUGAGGAAAAGUCUGCAGACGCGAAAGUGCAGAGAUAACACCUGAAGCACAAACCGUGUCCGUUCAUUUUCGGAAUAUAGGAACAGAACUCGUAUAAAAAAAGGAGAUGUCACUGGUAUCUGCAGUUUGAAGACUGGAUCUUAUCUGAAAGUCACUGAUCCCAGGCGCUGCCACCUUAGUCUUCCCAUAGGACAAGGAUGCCUUCGUUUCUCAGUUAAAUGAAUUUUUUAGUUUUGCUUAUUGUUUUGUCUGAAAUGAAAAAUGUAUAUGGAAUGGAUUUGAAAUGAUUUUUUAACUGAAGAUUUAAAGAGAAAAAUAUAUAAUUUGAGGCUAUGCGCACAAGUUGUCAUUUGUGGGACUCAAAUUUACUGUGCUUUGUUCAACGUAUUGUAAAUCUAAUGAAUAGCAAUCAAGUUUUGCCAUAAAUCUGAAGCCACUUCACGCUGUUCUCAGUCAGUCCAGUAUAAGGAACUGGCUGAUGGUUUCAAUCCCUGCUAGGUUGGUUCCCUACACCUAGUGUGAGUGCUGCAGAAAACAUUUACCCACGGACAGUGAUAAUUCCUCCCAUCAUUGUUCAGCUCCUUACUACAUAUACACAGUUACACGUCUUUAACGUGGUGUCAUCUUGAAACCUAAGCAGCAUUUCAAAAAGGACUUUAAAUCAGUUACUGACGUUGUCCUUGAGGGCUGAGGGUCUUUUUGCCAUUUCCUUUUUAUAGCUUACAUUCCUCUGUUGUUUUACAGCAGGGAAAUGCAACUUUACAAAGUGGAACUGAAACAGAAAGCCCAAAAAGCAUCUAACUUUUCAGCUUAUAGGAGGAGUUGUGAGUGUGAUAGGUGCAAAAUAGCACUAGUAGUGCUGCCAGAGUUAUACCCAAAGCAGUACUUUAUGGAGGGGCCAAAGAAACUUUGGCAGAAAGAAGUGCACACGCAUUUUCUUAGUCUCCUUUCCCAAGAUUUCUCUGGGUGUUGAGGCUCAGAGGUAUGCAGCUCGCAGGAGUGCAGAGAGGCUGAGUAUCUCCUCCUGAAUCUUAGCAUGGCAGGGCAUGGAUGUCCCUCUGCUUAUAGCUCCUAUUGGCUGGGAAAACGCAUCUCGUGGUACUGACCCAACAGCCCUCACAGACUGACUCAGAAUCACUAACUGAUGUGAGAACACUAUGUAAAAGCUGUUAUAGAAUAGUAUUUAAAAGCUGUUAUGGUAGAAUUGCAAGAAACCCUUUUUGAUUGAUACAGUAGACAGUGAGAUAGAAAAUGAGUAUUGGAAAGAAAGCAAAAAAGUAACAGCUAAAUGCAGUUACUUUUGUGCACACAAAAUGGAAACAGGCAGGCUUUAAAGUCGUGGUGCUCUAACACCAGCAAUAGGUGAAUAACUGCUAUCCCUCAGAGAAUGACUUAUAUGUUUUUAUAUUAAAAAAAAUCAACACACCAUAACUGUAAUAGAUUAAAAUCCCUUGAAAGUGAAAAUGUCAUCAGUUGCUAGUUGUGCAGGAGUUAAGGUAGUACCCAUAGAGUUUUGGUAGAAAUUUUGAUUUUGCAUGUUUGGGGUUUUCUUUAAGUCCUUUACAUGAGCUAUUAGUGGUUAGCUAUUCAAUUCUUCAGGCUAUUUCUUUGAGAUUAAGUCACAGAAUUUCUUCUGCUCUUCUCUUUGUGUAGCGCUGACAUUCUUAUGUCAACCAGCACUUCUAUCUCUGUUGCAGAUAUGAACAAUGACCAUAGAUAACAAGCCAAAAUCUUCAAAGGCCAAAAAAUCCUCAUCGAGACAAUCCAGUAAACCCAGGAAACCCCGUACUAAAACUAUGAAGUCACGCACUGCAAAAAACCAAAAACAGGUCUCUGAGAACGAAGGACGUGGAGGUGCUAUUUAUUGUAAAUCAUCUGAAAAAGUUAGACCUUUUUCCGUUGAAGAUUUAAUCAUCAAUGAUGGAAUUGCUCCACCAGAAAGGAUUCUUUUUCCACCUGAGAAGAUUUGUAUGGAUUGGCAACAAACACAAAAUGGAGUUGGAGUUGGACUCCAGAAUCUUGGCAAUACGUGUUUUAUUAAUUCUAUUCUACAGUGUUUGACCUACACACCCCCACUCGCCAACUACAUGCUUUCCCUUGAGCAUACCCAGUCGUGUAAUUGUCAAGGCUUCUGCAUGAUGUGCAGUAUGGAAACUCACAUUAACCGAGUCCUGUGUUGUGCUCUUGAUGCCAUCAGGCCUGUACUUAUUGUCCAUGAACUUAAAAAAAUAGCAAAACAUUUCCACUAUGGUGCUCAGGAAGAUGCGCACGAGUUCUUACGCUUCACUGUUGAUGCUAUGCAGAAAGCGUGUUUGGAUGAAUACCCCAUACUAGACAGAUCUUCUCAAGCAACCACCAUCAUUCAUCAAAUAUUUGGAGGAUUUCUAAGAUCCAGAGUAAAGUGCUUGAACUGCAAUGCAGUUUCGGAUACAUAUGAUCCAUACCUUGAUAUACCUCUGGAUAUACAGCACGUUUCUAAUAUUAUCGAAUCUCUAGAAAAAUUUGUGAAACCCGAACAGCUGGCUGGAGACAAUUGCUAUAAGUGCAGCAAUUGCAAGAAGAUGGUGACAGCAACAAAGAGAUUUACAAUACAUCGUUCUUCCAAUAUUCUCACGCUAUCACUGAAAAGAUUUGCAGAUUUCACAGGCGUGAAGGAGACCAAGGAUGUUAAAUAUCCUGAGUAUUUUGACCUUCGAGCUUAUAUGUCUCAACCAGAUGUAGAACCACUCGUUUAUGCCUUAUAUGCGGUUCUGGUUCACAGCGGCGCCAGUUCUCAGGCAGGACACUACUUCUGCUUCAUAAAGGCUGCUGAUGGAUUUUGGUAUCAGAUGAAUGAUUCUGCAGUAGUGCCAAGUGACAUCAAAACAGUCCUUGCUCAGCAAGCUUAUUUACUAUUUUAUACCAGGUGCUACGAUUUCACACUUGGAGAACGUACUCCUUACUUAUCAGCGCCGCCUCGUUCCAGUUCACUCGUCCGUCAAAAAAAGACUGAUCGUAAGCAGGACAGCUUUAUGGGACCACGACUUCCUCCUAAUAUGAUUAAGAAUUCAAGUCGUUUAAAUGGAAAGAUACCUUCAAAAGACGAACGCAAUACCGUAGGUCUCACCUUAAAAAGGCCAUCUUCAGCUCCACCCAUAGCUUGUGCUGAAAGCUGGACAAUGGUCAGGCCUUCAAUCAUCAACCCAUCAGUAAAUCAGAAGCUCGUUAUCGGUGUUAAUAACAAAUUGCCUGAACGUGAUACACUGUCAGAGCCUGACUGUCUUCUCGCUCUGGAUGAGGAUGAGAUUAUAUCUAUUAUUUCAUCCACAAAUGCAAAUCGUGCAGCAAAGUCUACCUCAAAUACACCUACAAUGUUAGCUGCUGCUAAUAUUUUUGAACAAGAUGUUCUGGAUGACAUUUACACUGAGCCAGUGGUGAAUGAAAUUCCUGAAUCCUGCUCUGAUAACGCAGUCUAUUAUUGUACAGAAUUUUUAAGAAAAUCUGAGGAGGAGAAGUCAUCAGAGGACUUACUUACAAGGAAUGACAAAAUAAUAUCUCCCAAGGAAAUUUCGUUUGAAAAGGUCUGUGCAUUGCAGGAUUCCCAUUCUUCCUGUCAGAAUGCUGAAGAGGAAGGAUCCCAGCAUGAGCUGCCAAAAAAUGAUUCACUAAGUGGUGCUAAUAGUUUAGAUAAUGAACCUAAAGAAAAUGGACAGAAACUUGAUGAUUCCAGUUGCCAAGUCCCAUCUGCUAAACCUUCAAAAAUGUUAUUUUCUAAAACCAAUGGAGUGCUUAAAACAAUGCCUGUAACUUUGUAUCCAGCCUCUCGAGAAAUGCUAAAUUCCUUUAAAUACGGCCAGUUGAACAGCUUGUCAGAGGAAAUAAGUGUCCCUGGACCUCAGAAAUCUUCUGAGAACAAUUGUCUUACGGAAACAGGAAUGAUGAAUGUGCUGUUGGUCUAUGAAGAACCCCAAAAACUUUCUUCCGUCUUGAACUAUGACGGUGCGGAUCUUUUUAUUCAAUCGGAUACUGAAAUUAGUUCUGCCAAAAAAGAAGUUGCCGAAAGUAUUGUAACAAAAGCUGAUAACGCACAACCCAAUGUCAGUGGUCAGCACGAGGUUAGGACAGGAUCCUUGGACACUGUAGAUGAAUUCCUUUUAAAUUUUGAGUCUGAAGACAGUGGUGACAAAGACGAACUUUUAAGAUCAGAAGAACUUGAUCUCACUGCAAAAGAAAAUCCUUUGUAUAGUGAAGUGUCUCCUGAGACUGAAGAGGAAUUAGGACAGGCUUCCUCUAUAAAGUCUGAUUUUGAAUGUAGUUCUAAAGGACCACUGUGUCUAGAUACUGGAGAUAAAUGCCAAGAUACAAAGGACAUAUCUAAUAACUAUGUAGAUGUACCACCUGUUAAUGACUCUUCUGUUACAAAGCUGGAUGAAGUUUUGGAGAGUCAAUUUUCUAGAGAAAACAAGGGGCCGACUAAUAGGAAUUAUGAAGAAAAUAAGCAUAAGAAAAAAGGUAAAAAGAUAUAUGAUUCUAAAACAACUGACAAAGGGCACUACAUAAGAAAAAGGAAACACUCUGAUACAGAAGAGAGGGAGAAGCAAAAGAGCAAACCGGAUGUUCAUUUCCACAAGAGGAGGUGCUCUCGAAGUGUGGAAACAAAUAAGCAAAGUCGUCACAAGCAGGAGUAUCGGAGUGGAAACAGAUACAGAUCUUCCCAUACUGAAAGAAACAGCCCUGAUGUCAGCAGAAACUUAGUUAAAUAUUCUCAUUACAGAUCUCGAAGCAGAGGACGUGAACGAGAUAGGAAUAGAUAUUACUGUUUCAAAGAGGAGAGAGCUUGGAACAGAGAAAGAUACUAUCAAGAUGAAUCCUGGAGAUGGCAAAAAUGCAGACGCUACAAAGAUUACUAUUAUUCUCAUGCAAAAGGAGAUAGUCCAGAAAGAAAGUUCUCCCAUUACAAUAAAGAUUAUGACAAAUCAAGCCAUGCUUGCACCAGGCCACAUAAGGAUUAUCAUUACAAAAGCAGACGGCCUCACAACUCACUCUCUAGAGAGAAGGAUGUACGUCACUUUAGCAGUCACAGAGCACACUCACAACACCGUUCACUAGCCUCGCAGCAACGUGAAAAGUAUUCUCAUGAAAGACAUAUACUUCCACCUGUUCCAUCAAUUCAUUUAAGUCGUGGGGACUUCUCCCCCAAAAAUGAAAAACGAAAUGACAGGAAAAGAAAAUAUGCAGAAAGUAGUGAAAGAGAAAGGAAAAGCAGAAAGGUAGAAAAAGAGGUUUUGGAUGAGCAAAAGAUGGAAAAAUUCAAGAAAGCCAAGAAGUCCAAAGAUAAACAUCGAGAGAAGGAUUACAAACAUUAUGAUUCGGAUUCCUCUGUGCUCCACUUUGACAAUGACAAUCGCAAACAUAAGAAAAAAAAGAAGAAGAAGAAACACACCAGGAAGGAGACAGGCUUCUUGGAAAGCUCGGAUCUUCAUUCCCAGAAGCAAGCAUGGGAGAAGGAAGAAUCUCACUCUCCUGGUGACUGUUUACGUGAGCAAUACGGAAAUGAUGGCAGUAGACAACCUGACAAGGAAGGCAUGCCUUCCUGUGGGAGCAAAAGCAAGAACUAGAUCUCCAUUGCAUCCAGUGAGAAUAUUAAAGAUGCAAAUUACUAAUUGAAGCCUUCAAUACUCAAACGAAAAAAACCAUCAAAGCCAACAACUUUUCAACAAAAACGAACACUUCACAUCAUCAGAAUCGACUGCUUUAGACAU